CAGUACUUGAUUUUAAAUAACUGUACUGCUUAAAAUAUUGCGACACUGCCAAUUUAAAUGUGAUAUGCUAAAAUUCUAUGCAAUGAUAUUUUUUUAUGAUACAUCAUACAAAAUCUGACAACAUGACAGAAAUCAGCCAAAUCGAAAUAGUACUUUGUGUACAUAGAGAAUAGUAAUUUUUUUACUAGACACUCAUACAUAUACACUAAAAGAUACACCUGAGUUUACUCUCUUUUUAAUCUUUUAUCAGUACUACAUCAUCGAAUUCAUCUAUACCAGCUGUAAGACAACAUACUCACAAAUAUAUAUUGUGCAAAAAGAAAAAAAUUUAUAUAUAUAUACUGAUGUUAAAUUUGAGCAGAGAUAAUUAUUAUUUUGACAAAAUUGUGUGAACAAUCAAUCAUCAAUCGUCUGAAAUAACGUAUUAAGAGUGUUGAGAACAGUGAUUUUUUUAUUAUACACAUAUUUAUACACUUAAAAAACGCAACUCAGCUUCUCUCUCUUUUUAAUUUCUUAUCAAAACUGCAUCAUCAAGUUCGUUUACCAGUUGUAAGACAGCAUAGUCUCACAAAUAUAUAUUGUACAAAAAAAGAAAAAAACCAAAUUGUUUUAUCUGAGCAUAAAUAAAAAUAAUUUCGAUAAAAAGUGUGUAGAAAAUCGAUUAUCAAUUGUCAAAUCAAUGUAUUUACAGUGUUGAGAACAGUGAUUUUUUCAAUAUACACACACAUGUUUAUACAAUCAAAGAUGCAUCUCAGUUCGACUUUCUACUUAAUUUCUUAUCGGUUAUACGGCAUAAUCAAGUUUAACUAUCCGCUGUAAGACAGUAUGAACAGACAAAUAUAUAUUGUGCAAAAAGUUCAUAUAUUCUGAGUGUUUACUAAUGUUGAAUUUGAGCAUAAAUGACAAUUAUUUUAACAAAAAUUGUGUAAAAAAUAGAUCAUCAGUUGUCAAAAAUUAUGUUUUUAUGGUGUUAAAAACAGUGGUUUUUUUACUAUACACACGUAUUCAUACACUCAAAAGCGCAUUUUAGUUUGACUUUUUUUAUUAUCAAUACUUCGUCAUCAAGUUUGUUUACUAGCCGUAAGACAGCAUAGUCUGACAAAUAUAUUGUGCAAAAGGCUAAAAACAAAUAGACAAAUUGUUUAAUCUGAGCAAAAAUAAAAAUUAUUUCAAAUAAGUGUGUAAAUAAUCUAUUAUCAAUUGUCAAAAAUUAUGUAUUCUUGGUGUUGAGAAUAGUAAUUUUUUUUCUAUACAAUUAUACAUAUACAUUCAAAAACGCAUCUCAGUUUGACUCUCUUUAUAAUUUUGAUCAGUACUGCGUUAUAUUUGUGUACAAGCUGUAAGACAACGUAUAUAUUGUGCAAAAAGAAAAAAAUUUGUAUAUACUGAGUGAUUACUAAUGUUAAAUUUGAGCAUAAAUAACAAUUAUUUUUACAAAAAGUGUGUAAAAAAUCGAUCAAUAGUUGUAAAAAAUUAUGUAUAUAGUGUUAAGAUCGGUGAUUUUUUUUUUACUAUACACACAUAUUUAUACACUCAAAAACGCAUUUUAGUUUGAUUUUUUUAUUAUCAGUACUGUGUCAGCAAGUUUGUCUACAAGCCGUGAGAUGAAUUUUGUAAAGUAAAGCCUUGAAACAGUAUAGUCACGGCUAUUGUGCAUGGAUAAAAAAUUAAUACUGAGUGUAUAUUUAUAUUGCAUUUGGGUAAAAAAUAAAUAUUAUUUUGAUAAAUUUGUGAAAAAACAUUGAUCAUUCAUCAGAAAAAAAAUAUAUAUUGUGCAUAAAUGAAAAAAUUUAUACAUACUGAGUGUAUAUUUAUAUUGCAUUUGGGUAACAAAAGAAUAUUAUUUUGGUAAAUUUGUGCAAAAACAUUGAUCAUUAAUCAGAAAAAAAUAUAUAUUGUGUGUAAAAUCAGUGAUGUUUUUUUAAUAUACAUAUAUAUAUUUCUACAUUGUAAGACUCAACUAAGUUUGACAUUUCUUUUAUCAGUACUGUGUCAGCAAGUUUGUCUACAAGCCGUGAGAUUAAUUUUGUGAAGUAAAGCCGUGAAACAGUAUAGUCACGACUAUUGUGCAUGGAUAAAAAAUUAAUACUGAGUGUAUAUUUAUAUUGCAUUUUCGAAAAAAAUAAAUAUUAUUUUGAUAAAUUUGUGAAAAAACAUUGAUCAUUCAUCAGAAAAAAAAAAAUAUAUAUUGUGCAUAAAUGAAAAAAGGUAUAUACAUAUUGAAGUGUAUUUAUAUUGCAUUUGGGUAAAAAUAAAUAUUAUUUUGAUAAAUUUGUUGCAAAAACAUUGAUCAUUUAUCAGAAAAAAAUAUAUAUUGUAUAUAAAUAGAAAAAAUUAUACAUAGGUGUGUAUAAUUAUAUUGCAUUUGGGUAAAAAAUAAAUAUUAUUUUGGUAAAUUUGUGCAAAAACAUUGAUCAUUAAUCAGAAAAAAAUAUAUAUUGUGUGUAAAAUCAGUGAUGUUUUUUUAAUAUACAUAUAUAUAUUUCUACAUUGUAAGACUCAACUAAGUUUGACAUUUUUUUUAUCAGUACUGUGUCAGCAAGUUUGUCUACAAGCCGUGAGAUGAAUUUUGUAAAGUAAAUCCGUGAAACAGUAUAGUCACGGCUAUUGUGCAUGGAUAAAAAAUUAAUACUGAGUGUAUAUUUAUAUUGGAUUUGGGUAAAAAAUAAAUAUUAUUUUGGUAAAUUUGUGCAAAAACAUUGAUCAUUUAUCAGAAAAAAUAAAUCUCGAUGUAUGAUUGAGACAAUGCAUCUAAUAAAUGAAAAAAGAAAGCAACAAUAUUGUCCGAAGGUCAAAGAACAGGAAGAUGAAAAAAAAAAACAUUCAAUUAUUUUAUAUUUAAAAUAGAAGAAGAGAGAAAUAAAAAUGUGCAUAGUAAGGAAAAAUGAAUCUCAAUGUAUAAUUGAGACAAUGCAAUGACCGCACACGUUAAAAAAAGGAAACAUUUAAUUAUUUUCUAUUUAAAAUAUAUGAAGAGAGAAAUAAAAAAAUAUGCAUAGUGAGGAAAAAAAUGAAUUUUAUAUUCAAAAUAUAAAAGAGAGAAAUGAAAAAAUAAAUAAAUUGAGACAAUGCAUCUGGAAUUAGCACGCGUGCCUGCCGGCCGUCAACAGAUCAUGUUUCGAUGUUCGUUCUCCAUGUAAAUUGUUUGUCUUUUAUUAGACAUAUAUAUAUAUAUAUAAAGCAUAAAAGAAUUAUAUAUUGAAUCGGAAAGAAAUAUGGAUAUCUCUACUUUUCUAAUUAUCUUGCAUUUUUUGUCUUUUUAUAUAAUUUACCGGGAUGAUUUAUGUCACUUUGUUCGGGAUUGUUAUUCAAGUAAGAAGCUGCUUUAUUUUUUUAUUUUGUGUGAAUUAAAAGUGCUAAUCAAAAAUGGAUAUGGACUCGUUGGAAACUCUGUUGGCUCCUCAUCGAGACGCUCUUCGCAGAUUAUGUGAAACGGAAAUGAAUUGGCGAUAUGCACAACGCAUGAAUCGUCCUAUUCCACCGGUAUUGCGCCGCCGAAAUUUAGUAUUGAUAAAAUAUCAUAUUGAAGCUAUUCUCAGAGGUUUAAUAGCUAGCACUAUGUUUUCAAGACUAAGCGGUUUUCAAAUGUAUGAUGAUGAUGAUUUAGAUGCAAGACCACGAUUUAGAGUUUACAAUAUUCCUGCUAACGAGGCAAAUGAUAAUAGUACAGUAUUGGAAGAUGAGUCUGACUUGGCUAUGGAUGAGUUGGACCAUCUCAUAAUAUUCCCAUCACUUGGAGCAAAAUAUUCAUUGAUACCAGAUGAUCGAUAUGGUACAACUAUAACUGUUGAACUUUGCAGUGUUACGUAUGAGUCAGAUCAAGAGAUGGAUGUAAAUCAAGACUCUGAUACUGAAACUAACGAAGUUUCAAGUACACAAAAUAAUGAUGUUGCCAUAGAAGAAUAAUAUAUAAAAAGGAAAAAAUAUAAUAACGAAUUCCUAUUUUUUUAAAUGCUGAGAGAG